UUCAAGGAUUUAGGAAAGAGAUACGAGAGAGGAAUCGUAAGGAGUUCUAAAGAGUUUGUUACUUAAGCUGGAAGUAAGGAUAUCGAAAUAUUCAAAUAAUAUUAUUCCGGUUCUGAUUUUCUAAUACCGAUUUUUUUAGAUAAGAGAACUAGCUCUUCCAGUUUCUCGGCAAAGUUUAUCUUCUUUAUUUUAUAACGUUUAUUUUAUAUCGUCAUCAGCAUAUUGGCAAAACUUGUUGUUAAAAACAUAUUAAAAUACGAAUUAAUUAAAACCUCAUUAAUGUUUUUAAGAGAAAUAAAAAUAAAAAGUCUGAAAGGAUUAGCAUAUUCGUAAUGAAUAAAUUAAUCACAAAGUCCAGAUCGAAAUACGUAAUGUAAAAGAGCGCGAGUAAGAUAUAUAAUUUGAUUUUAAAAUUUCAUCACCAUCGUAUUAUCGUAUCGACCUUUAAUAACAUCCGAAUUUCAAUAUUUCUAAUAAGAACUAAUAAGUUUUUAUUAAUGAUAAAGUUUAGAAUCUCGGCCUUUUCUUACCAAGAAGAAUUAUCUCAUUUUCCUUUAUAUAUUAUCCGAUGUAACGAUUAGCGCAUUUCGAAAGAAAUCGGGGAAUCACUGUCGAUCGCUCGUUAACAGGUCAGAACCCUCAAAGGCCCCGCUGUACCAAAGAAAGUAUAACAACCUCUCCCAGAAACGAAUAAGCGAACAAAGGCAGAGAGAGAAAAAGAGAGAGGCAGGGAAGGAGAGGAUGCGCCAAAGAGGAGCAGAGAAGGGAUGAGGCCUGAAUUGCAGACCUUAACUCCGCGUGCUUUCGGCCUGGACGGUCAGUGCGUACAGAACGCAACGCCGAAAAGCUCCGCCGGAAAACGUCACGGAAUAGAACAUCUCGAGGAUAGGCGAGUCGGCGAGCGACGUGAAAUCGCUAGGGAAAACCUCGUGGUAUGAGUUAUCGCGACGCCUAUUUUUGGCAUUCACACGAGAUUCCGUCCAACGAAUUCUCGUAUUGCUGGUGACGAUGUGAUCAUUAGACUUCCUCGUGUUCUCGUCGUGCGAGCAAUUGCGUUUAUCACGUGUGAUCGCGGUACCGUUUAUGCGCCCGAGGAUUCUGCAAAGUGUGCAUUAUUUUUCGAAGGGGGUGGACCUGAGUGGAUCACGUUGCCGAGGGUAUCUGAAGAAGCGCGCGAUAAAUUGGAGAUAGUAAAGAACAAUGGCCACGAGAUCCGAGGAUCCGUAUCCGGAAAUUGCUGAAUCCGCGGAAAUAGGGAAUGUCGGGUUCUGCAGAUUGCUACUAAGGUUCCUCAGAGUUUACUGGCAAUCAUUUGUCGUGGUAUUAUGGCCGUUAAUUCUGAUCCCGAUACUGACGAUCGAGAGCGAUAAGCCACUCGCAAUGAAAUGUCUGUACAUAGUCGCGUUGAUGGCGAUGUUCUGGGUAACCGAAGUCCUACCGUUGCCCAUCACGGGCAUGAUUCCGGUAGUCUUGUACCCGCUGCUGGGUAUCAUGUCCACCAACGAAACCUGCUUGUGUUAUAUGAACGACACUACGAUGAUGUUCCUGGGCAGCCUGGUGAUCGCGGUAGUCAUUGAGAAUUCCGGUUUGCAUAUGCGAGUCGCAUUGCUCAUUAUCAAGACCAUCGGCUGCAGUCAUCGAAGGCUGACGUUAGGCCUGUUCUUCGUGACGAUGUUCCUCUCAAUGUGGAUCUCAAACACUGCUGCGACUGCCAUGAUGAUACCCAUAAUGGAAACCGUCCUCAUGGAACUUGAAGCGCAAGGACUCGGGAACAUGUUCAUCCAAGAUGAGGCAGCGGUCGAAGAGGAAGGCGGUGAAACGAAUAAAAGACCGACAAACAGCACCUUGGUGUACUAUCUCGUCGCAGCUUAUGCGUCCAGUCUCGGUGGUAUCGGCACUAUCGUCGGGAGUGGCACCAAUCUAACGUUGAAAGGCUUCUUUGAGAAACGCUUUCCCGAUAGUCCCGGCAUAAAUUUUGCUUCCUGGAUGCUCUAUUCAGUGCCACCCAUGUUGCUGAUGGGCUUCCUCACGUGGUUGUGGCUGCAGAUAAUGUACAUGGGUCUCUUCAGACCGAAAAGCAAGGAUGCUCGAGCAAUAGAUAUCGGGCAGCAAGGCGAACGAGUCGCGGCAGCGGUUAUCGAGAAAAGAUAUAAGGAGCUCGGACCGAUCUCAUGGCAUGAGUCCUCCGUGGGAGUUUUGUUCAUUCUCGUGGUGAUUCUGUGGUUCUUCAGAAGUCCCGGAUUUAUGCAGGGUUGGCCCACUUAUAUUACGGACUUGCCUGUCAAAGACUCGACAGCAGCUGCGGCCGUAACGAUACUUUUCUUCAUCAUUCCGGCGAAGCUGGACUUCCUGCAUGCGUUCGACAAGGAUCCGCGCAAGCGACCUACCAAACCAUCGCUUGGUCUGAUAACAUGGAAGAUGAUACAUCAGAAGAUGCACUGGAGUCUGAUAUUUGUAUUGGGCGGCGGAUUCGCCAUUUCGGCAGGUAGCACCUCGUCAGGACUGUCGGGUAUACUCGGUCAAUCCCUGAUAGGUCUGCAGAAAAUCGACGUGGUAGCAAUUCUGCUGAUUGUCUGCUUUUUUGCCGAGAACGUGACAGAACUGACCGCCAAUGUGGCCGUCGCGAAUAUUAUUCUGCCAGUAUUAGCAGAGAUGUGUGUAGCCAUUAAGAUACAUCCUCUAUACUUGAUGCUGCCAGCGGCACUCUGCUGUUCGUUUUCGUUCCACUUGCCGGUCGGCACCCCGCCGAACGCGAUCGCCAGUGCUGCGGGACACAUAAGGACGAAGGACUUUAUAAUCGCUGGCAUCGGACCCAGCAUCAUCACGCUCGUCAUCACCGCCGCGGCGUUCUCCACGUGGGGCACAUACGUGUUCAGCCUAUCGGAAUUCCCUGCGUGGGCCACAUAGCACUUCGCGUGCGAUCUCUCUCCUUCUCUUCUUCUUGUUUCAUACUCUCUAUUUAUUUAUUCACCGUUCCACCAAAGUGGGGAAUGCUUUCGUAAUGAGAAGAGUAUUCUUCACACGUACACCAACAUCCUCAUUUCGUCAGCACGCGAAUCAUCAUUCUAUCGACAUUUCUCAUGCAAAUUCCAAAGAUACGCAACGCUUUAAAGAGACAGACUCGUCUCCUGAAUGCGAACGAGCUCUCGUGACGAGAAAAAACGCAUCAAAAGACUACGGACUUCUUAGCGAACUGUUUGUUAGCGAUGCUAUCGAUAAAACAAUACUUGUAACAUAUCGAAGCGAUGACAAGUGUAUAUCAUUAGACUAGUCUCGCAGGGUGAUACGUUCUCCAUGAAAUAUUUUAUAUAUCUAAUAUAUCUGGAUGUCAGAUGUCUUCCACUCUUGUACUUUGUCUCACUCAUUGACAAUACUAAUGUAAUAUAUUACAUGCCAAUAAAAAGAUUCAGAAAUGUGUCAUUACUUUUA